AUGACAGCUAAAACAGCGUCGUUUCAAGCAAGAAGGAGCAAAGCAGGCAAGUCCGGCGGAGGCCUGGGAUAUUCCCACGAAGACUGGCCGAAACACUUUCCACCAAUCCCAAGGAACCAGUUCCAGAAAACAGGUAACCAGACCGUGUACGAGGUCAAAGAGACGAAGACAGCACGUGUUACGAGGAUAGACACCCCUGGGUCCACCGUGUCAAGCCUCAUCUACUGGAUCGACGGCAAAAACCUCCACUUCUUCACCGACGAACCCGACAGGCCUGAGUGCUCCUACGAAGGACGCAAAUACGGAGGCACGUUGGUGUUCGAUCCAGUGGCUUACGAGAUGGAGAAAGCUAGGGCUAAGCUCGUCAACGGAGUUCUUUGGGUCACCGUUCCAAAGAUCAAGGGCGUGAAUGCCAUGACGAUUACUCUUGACCAAGUGCUGAAUGUCAUCACGGGACGCGACGUGGUUUGA